GAUUUAUCGGAUCUAGUUCCCCUCUUAUUUAGAUUUAAGUUUUCAUAUUGAAUGUGGCUUCUUGGUGAAGCCUCCGGGGUUCCUCGUUUUAGAAGUGGAACGUUCGUGAUGAGGAAAUCGAAGCACUGAAUCGUCAACUGCUUCGGAAUGUGGCAAUACUGGACGUUGGUCUAUCGAUGAGAAUUCGAAGAGUAGCUGAUAAUGUCGACAGGAUCGAGCGCUAGGCUCAGCGAGCAGCAGCAACGGAGGAUCACGGAUAAUUUCCGUGCUGCCAAAGCCAAGCUUGCUCAGAAACGCCCAUAUCCAUCGUCUCCUUCGUGUUCGGUUCUUCCUCUUCCUGCAAAUUCUUGCAAUGUGGAGAAUGAACAUCCAAUGCAGAUAGUCCAUGGAGAAUGGUUUCCUCAAACAUCUUCGAACUUCAGGAGUCCAACUCCUGCUAAGAGAAUGUGCAAUCUAACCCUGCCAGAUCGAGGGGAGAGGACACCUUUACAAUUAAUACCAGCGAAUAAUAUUUUGGUGAGUCCACAGUCUGGAGCAUCUCUUAACACCUCAUCAACUUGCUGCGAUUUCGUAGAAGACUCCUCCGGUGGCUCCUGUAAGAUGCCAGCAUUAUUCCAAACUUCUGUGUCUGAUGUAUCGUCCAAGGAAUGUCCACCAGGAGAAAGAGAGUUUGAGUAUGUUUUACCUGGGGAUAUAUGUGAAGAUUUUGACGAAGAUAUUCUGCAAGAAUUGGAUGAAAUAUGCAAGAAACAGUCGAAGCAUCCCACUGCGACAACUGCGGAAUGCAUCGAAUCCUCCUCCAAGCUUGCACCCGGGCUGUGCUCUACGGCUUUACUCCCUACCGUGCAGGAUCCUGUUGUGCAGCAUUUAGAUUCUCAUCAUGGCCUGAAAAUGCAACCAUCACAAGGGUCAGCUUCAGUUGCAUGUUCAACUGUGACGGAACCUUCUAGUGUAUCUUCUCACAUGCCUGACCAUAAGAUUUCGGCAGAUGUAAUUCUUGGAGGAGAGCCCGGCUUUUCUAGAGAUCGUUGUUUAAAUGAGCUGCCAGUCUUGGGAGAUGGCGUCCUUGCCACACAAUAUUCGACUGCGGAUUACACAACCACAGUGACAGGAAUUCCUCACGAUAGUUCUAAAUCUAUAUCCUCUCCACCAAAAGUGAACUUCGCCAGUUAUAGUGUUUCGGUAGUGUCACCUCUGACUGCCCAAUCGACCGAUAAAACCACUUGUGAUGCAGAACUUCCAGACCACUUAAAAAAGUUGAACGAUUCUCAGAGAGAAGCCGCUUUGAGUGAUACUCUGAAGCCGUUGCUAAUUUUGGCGGGGCCUGGAAGUGGUAAGACAUCCACAAUGGUUGCACGGCUUCUGACACUUCUCACAGAGGGGAUAGAGGCAAAGUGCAUUCUGGCCAUGACCUUCACAACCGCUGCAGCGACCGAGAUGAGACAACGUGUAGCAGUAGCAACAGGCAAAGCUAUUUCUAAGGAGCUCACAAUUUCGACAUUUCAUUCGUUUUGUCUACAGCUUUGCCGAGCUCACGUAGAUAAGUUAGGACGCUCUGCAGAGUUCCUUGUGUAUGGGCAUGGACAGCAAAGGAGAGCCGUCAUUGAGGCCACUCGACUGGCAACAAUAGAAAUUCAGACUGGUCAGGGUGAAUCUGCUGAGAUCGAUACUUCAAUAACAGAAGGAAGUGUAACAGACAGUAACUCUAAUCCAUCAAUGUGGAAGGACAAGGCCAAAAAAUGGCAACAGUUUGUCACGCAAGCAAAGUCUGCUGGAAGGACUUCACUGGACUAUGAGAAAAUGGGAAACGCAGUUGGGUUCUUGGUGCAGGCUUCUGUCUUGAGGCAUUAUGAGGCGACCUUAGCUGCUUGCGACGCAAUGGAUUACCAUGAUUUUAUCAGUUUUGCUGUGUUCUUGCUUGAGAAAUAUCCCGAAGUGCUGGAUGAAUGCCAGAAGACAUGGACUUGUGUGCUGGUAGACGAGUUCCAAGACACAAGCAGGAUGCAGUAUCGAUUCCUUCGGCUUCUCGCAUCACACAACCGUGUUACAAUUGUUGGGGAUGAUGAUCAGUCUAUUUUUAGCUUUAAUGGAGCAAAUGCCCGUGGAUUUGACUCUUUUCGCCGAGAUUUCCCUAUGCUGAAGGAGGUAAGAUUACAUCAAAACUAUCGAUCUACUCGGUCUAUAGUAGAGGCGGCCACUUCAUUGAUACAACAUAACAAGAAACGUUGUCAGGAAAAGCAAGCCCACACACUCAAUGAUGUCGGUGAAAAGAUUGCGGUGAUGGAGUGCCGAACGGAGGCAGCAGAAUGCUCGUUCGUCGUAGACUCUAUCCUCACGAAUGCUGCUGGACAAGGUUCAUCGAAUCCUACAUUUGGAGGCAUAGCUGUACUGUAUCGUCGCCAGGUAACUGGAAGGAUGUUUCAGAGUGCCUUUCGAUCCCGCAAGAUCCCAUUUAACGUGCACGGAGUUGCGUUCUAUCGCAAAAAAAUUAUAAAAAGCGUCAUUUCAAUGCUUCGGACUGUUCUACCAGGCAACACGGACAUUUAUUGGCGUCGAGUGCUGAAGGCAUUAUAUUCUGGGGACAAAUCCGAAUGCAAAAAGAUUAUUGAAUACGUGGAUAAAGUUGCCAAAAGUAGUAACACAAGCUUCCACCAAGCUGCACAAACGAUUUUUACUGCUAAGGUUUCUGGCACUUUCAGCAGGAAGCAGCUUGCUUUGGGGAGGAGAGUACUCACCUCUGUAAACAUGGUUCAUUGCCUUGCACACAAGGUUGAGCGGUCGUUGUCCGGAUUAGUUACCGCUGUCGUCAAUUUACUACCUCAAAGGCCUGUCUUCAAUUCACGCGCAGUAGUGGACGAGGAUGGAGGAAAACUGCUGAAUGAGGAUGAUGAUCCUAGAACGGUGCUGGAGUACUUCUUGGACGACGUGAGUGAGUUCUUAAGCAACUUCUGCAGCUCAUUCUCACAAUGUGAUGAAGAUGAUUCUAUAGUAUGUGGCCAAGUCCCCCAAGAGGAGGGCGGUUGUCUGUCCAUACUCAAAGCCUUCCUGGAUCACCUUUCAAGUCGAGAAGCGGAGAAUUUUCAGCAAAGGAAACAAGAUAAUAAGAAUUCAGUAACAUUAACUACAAUGCAUCAGUCUAAGGGUCUGGAAUGGGACACCGUUUACAUCGUGAAGGCAAACGACACAGAGACACCAUUACUGAAUGAAGGAAAAGGUCAAGUGGCAGAUGACUCAUGCUCAAUUGAGGAAGAAAGACGCCUCUUCUACGUGGCCAUGACUCGCGCACGUAAGAAGCUCUACAUUUGCUAUGUGGUAACCGACAGUCUACGCCAGGUCCUACAACCUUCUCGAUUUUUAAAGGAGCUUCCACGCCAACUUUUGCACUUCCAGGGCGAAAGUGAGAAAAUUAAUGUCCCUGGAGCUAUACCAGAUAAGGGCUCUUCUCCAGAAAUUCGUCGAGACCUUCCGUGUGACUUUCCGACAAGCUGUGCGACCCCAAGUACAGCAUCCGGAAACAACGCAACAGAGAGCACAGUUUUGCAGGAUAGUGCUGGUAGGGUGGACCUAAACGACGUGCAUAAUAUCUUUGCUUCUGAGGAAGGCGCAUGUGAGAAGACAAAUGCGAAUAGGAAUGGAGAUUUGGAAAGCGUUCUAUCCAUGGACACUGAGAAUGGAGCUGCUGCAAGCAUGUUCUUGAGAGGAUUCAACAUGGAGGCACGAUCAACUGUUGCUGCAUUAUUCAACAGUUGGGCCAGGAAACCUGCGUUUCAAGAUCCCAAGCGUCUGCUCUCGAAGGUAGGAUUUGUUGUCGACGAGCGAUUGCGAAACAAGAAAACGAAGAACAAGGAGGUCUUAAUCGCACUGAAGUGUUGUCUAAGGGAUGAUGCAGCCCUCGCCUUUGCAACGAAUGCGAUAAAGUGGGGAAGAUUACCACCAGAGGAGCGGGCUCUGUUCCAGGCUGAGCGUCAAGAACAUUUUCAGCAGCAGAGCAGUGAGCGGUCUAUGAGUGCAGCAGCUGCUACAUCAAAGCAGAUCGCAUUCUUGAGGAGUCUUGGUUGUACAACGGAUCCCACAUCUCGAUUACACGCAUCCAAGCUUAUUGAACAGUACAAAAGGUUAUAGGUGAUAAGAUUAUGGUUUAAUCACACGGGCCUAUUGGUUCAAAAAUUUGGAGAGCGAAUUCGGAAUCUGUAGCAUAGAUCAUCAUUUGGGUUCGAAAUUUGAGGCUCAAUUUCGAACUCAAUUUCAAUCUCAAGUUAAUUGUUGAGUAACCAAAGCAAACAAGGCUCACUGGAUCUAUUGCUAAUUAGUGCAUCCAGUUAACAGGUUACCGACACACCUACACGACAACUAGCUGCGUUCAUUCAGAUCUCCUGAAUAUUUGAUCAUUGCACCACGGAUUGACGUCAGUCCAUUGCGAACUUUCGGUGUUAAAGAGUUCGUUAACUUACAUCAAAACAUGUUCGUAGUGAGCACGAUUAAGCAGUUAAUGAGAAGGCCCUUCUGAGGCCUAAUCUGUGUGCA